CAUUCGGCCUCCGCCUGCCGGAUGCGGAGCGGAGAACGUUGGAGGCAGAGACAAUCGGACAAGCUUAGGCGAGAGUGAUCCCGCCUCGCUCUUCGUCACUGGACUCAAUCCCUGCAGGAAUCGGCCUCGAUUUCGUGUUGCUACAGCAAUGGAUUCAGAUGCCGACAUGGAAGAUUAUGGGUUCGAGUAUUCGGACGAGGAACCCGAGGAGCAAGAUGUUGAUAUUGAGAAUCAAUAUUAUAAUACCAAAGGAUUGGUAGAAGCUGAUCCUGAAGGAGCACUGAAGGGAUUUGCAGAGGUUGUAAGGAUGGAAGGAGAGAAGGGGGAGUGGGGUUUUAAGGCGCUGAAGCAAACAGUGAAGCUCCACUACCGGAUUGGAAAUUAUAAGCAAAUGAUGGUUGCUUACAGAGAGAUGUUGACUUACAUCAAAUCGGCUGUUACGCGCAAUUACAGCGAAAAAUGCAUCAACAACAUCCUCGACUUUGUGUCAAAUGGCGCUAAUCAGAACUUGGAGUUACUUCAGGAGUUUUAUCAGACUACCCUGAAGGCUUUGGAGGAAGCCAAAAAUGAGAGGUUAUGGUUCAAGACAAACUUGAAAUUGUGUAAAUUGUGGUUUGAUAUGGGAGAAUAUGGUCUUAUGAACAAAAUUUUGAAGGAGCUCCAUAAAUCUUGUCAGAAGGAAGAUGGUACAGAUGACCAGAAGAAGGGCACACAAUUGCUGGAGGUGUAUGCGAUAGAGAUUCAGAUGUAUACAGAGACCAAGAACAACAAGAAGCUCAAGCAACUAUACUUGAAAGCGUUGAACAUAAAGUCUGCAAUCCCACAUCCACGCAUUAUGGGUAUCAUCCACGAAUGUGGUGGCAAAAUGAAUAUGGCUGAGCGACAGUGGGCAGUUGCCGCCACCGACUUUUUUGAUGCAUUCAAAAACUACGAUGAGGCUGGCACCCACAGGAGGAUCCAAUGUCUGAAGUACCUGGUACUUGCUAACAUGUUGAUGGAGUCUGAAGUGAACCCAUUUGAUGCUCAGGAGGCUAAACCGUACAAGAAUGACCCUGAAAUUCUAGCGAUGACAAAUCUGGUGGCUGCUUAUCAAAGGAAUGAAAUUCUUGAAUUUGAAAAAAUCCUCAAGAGUAACAGAAAGACAAUUAUGGACGACCCCUUUAUACGGAAUUACAUUGAAGAUCUGCUAAGCAAAAUUCGCACACAGGUGUUACUGAAGCUUAUCAAGCCUUACACCCGAAUUCGCAUUCCCUUCAUAUCUAAGGAGCUGAACAUACCUGAAAAGGAUGUGGAGCAACUUCUUGUAUCCCUCAUUCUAGAUAAUAGAGUCCAUGGUCAUAUUGAUCAAGUGAACCAAUUGCUUGAGCUUGGUGACAGGUCGAAAGGGCUGAGGAAGUACACGGCGAUAGAUACAUGGAACACCCAAUUAAAGUCGCUGUCUCAAACAGUAUCGGCAAGAAUUUGUUAAGAUCGUGAAAGAGAAUCCUAUUACUUCGGUGCACGAAUAGAUGUGACGAUAUUGUCACAUGUUUCUUCGCUACUGUAUAUUUUCGACGCUAUGGUCCCAACCUUUCGAGGCUUUAUUGGAUAACCAUUUCGUCUGAGACAACAUCCAGAGGAAUCCCAUUGGUGACCUCGUCUCCGAGUAGAUUGAAUUAUCUUGGUGUAUGGUUUUGUAGGUACCCCUUCUGGGACAAGUAAAGAAAUGGAACAUAAAAUGUUAAGAUACGAUCUAAAAUCUGUCGCGA